CUUAUCUGAUAGUGUAAUUGAACGUAACUGACGCCAAGUUCAGAUAUAAUAUUCGAAAUAUGAAAAACGUACCUCUUUUAUUAUACUGUGCCUCAGUUAUUGGAAGAUGCGUUCUAGGUUUAACAUGUCUGAGAUGUUCCGAUAUUACUGAACCUCGGCUGUGUAAUAAAAUUGAGCGCUGUCAAAAUGGAGAGGUGUGUGCAGUGCAGCAGUACCGAGCAGAUAAUGGCGAUAUUGGUUAUUGGACUGGAUGUUAUCCACAAAAGGAAUGUGGAGCGACAGAUAAUAGAACCGUUAUAACCACCAAACGGAGUCAGUAUAUUGACGGCGUUGUACAGUGUAGGGACUGCUGUACCACAGAUAUAUGUAACGCCUACGGAUGCGGAACUCCUAAGUACCCCGAUACUCGAGGCCCUAUCUGCUUUGACUGUGAGGAUGUUGCGGAUCCAACGGACUGUCACACCAUCACUCCGUGUGACCUCAAUCAAAAAUGUCUUAUACACGAAAGAAACGUCUUCGAACAGAAAUAUUUUACUUCCAAGUGUGAACCUCGUUUGGGUUGUUCCUCGCUUUUGUCUGGACCAGUCGUCGGCAGGAGGCGAGAUCUACUUGGUGUGUGUAUUCACUGUUGUGAUGGGGAUCUCUGCAACGCCAACUGUUCUUCAGCAUCUAGGCCCACCGUUCCAGUAACGCCGAAUCACGUUGCUUUCCACGCGGUGGCAUACAGCUCCACAAGCAGCGGAGUAAUUAUAUUCGAUCACGUGAUCACAAAUAUCGGUGGUGGAUAUGACAAUGUCACGGGAGUUUUUACUGUACCCACAACAGGAUCGUAUGUGUUCUCCUGGACGAUAGAAACAUACGGACAAAGGACAGAAGGGGCUCUCCUUGUGAACGGAAUGCAGGAGGGGCUGUUAAAGGCCCAUCAAAGUUCGUCAAAUUACGAUACAACAACAUCUUUUGCCGUCCUUAACCUUACAUUAACCGAUAAAGUGUCGGUCAGGGUCAUUACAGGACGUGCAGAAGCGAGACACACUAUGUUCUCUGGCUGGAAGAUCAAUAAAACAGAUGACACAGCAUUUGAUGCCUCUCUUUCACGUGAUGUAAGUGGUUCUCAUAUCAAGUAUGACAACAAAACUUUAGACACAGAUAAUGCCUACUACACAUCCACUGGAAACUUCGUGGCGCCUCGUUCUGGUCUUUAUGUCUUCAUGAUGUCAGCUCUGAACUAUGGCAACUACGCAUACAAUUGCAGAUUUCAAUUCAGUAACGGAAAUUCUCAACCGGAUGUUUGGGUGGACUCGCGCACAGGGUAUUACGAUAGUGCCAGUUACAUGACAUUUGCUUGGUUAGAUGUUGGUGACAAUGUGUAUGUAAAUGCACCAAGAAUGAGGACGACUUCUGUAUUUGCGGGAUGGCAACUUGUAGAUAAUAUGAGAGUAUCCAAGUCCACGUACCCAGCAUUCCUCGCUUCUCUAAGUGGAGAUUUUUCCGGAACGCCGGUCGUCUUUGGUUCAACACAUUCUGGAUAUCACCAUGGUUACUCAACUACCACUGGGAUAUUUACUGCAGAUCGUGAUGGAGUAUACGUGUUUCUGUACAACAUAGAGGCUCAAAGUGAAAUUGUACGCGCUGCAUUGAACGUUAACGGAAUUGAUAAAUUUGAAACGAGAUCGGACGGACGUAAUAAUGGUUAUGACGACAGUUCCGCUCUAUCUGUUCUCCAGUUAUCUUCUGGCGAUAAGGUAUCUGUUGAACGUAAAUAUGGAACAGUCGAUGGUGGUCAAUCAAUGUUUUUCGGAGUACUUCUAUUUGAAGUGUAAUCAACCUGAAUUUAUUCACUAUCAUUUGAUCGUAAUAAAGUUGAAAAGUUA